AUGAAAGAAUUAGAAAACGGAAUUGGUAAUGCUGCAGAAAUGAUCGAAGAAGAAUUAUCUGAAAGAAGAAAGCUCGACAGAAUGCGGUUGUAUCUGGCUUGCUACGUUUUUGUCAUAUUGUUCGUGGCACAGAUAAGGUCGAAUCACAUCAUCUCGCAUCGCUUAUCACUUUUCAUACAACGACACUGGUAUAAUAAUAUAUCACAGAUAUAUCGUUUAAACGAUUGCAAAUAUUCUAAAGUGAGAAUAGACGCCGCCAAGAAAGUCUUUAUCAUCAUUAGCAAAACGCAUUGGUGCAAUGAAGGGAUCAAAGCGGUGUUUGGCGUCAGUGCCGAAACAAGGAGAAAUGGCUCGAAUGUGAUUGCGUGGGCUAUGCCGUACAAUUACACUGGAUCGAUAGAUCCGCGUAGCAGAUGUCGAAAUGAUGCAUACUUUGAAAAUGCUAGCAGAACUGCUUAUGGAUUAGCGAGGAUCGAUUUGCUUUGCCGUAAAAGACAACCACGUUUCGCACGUUUAGUGAGACGGAUUUGGAAGCGAUCUGUUCAGGAGAAGCACCAUCCAUUCACAGUUACCAUCUAUGGAAUCAAUGAAAGCCUUUUCACAAUUACAAUCGGCGUGCUGUUGUACGCUGUAUUUGGGGCGUGUUUUUUGGUAACUAAUUUGGCAUACUUGUCCGGAAUAUGUACAGUUCAAAAUGCUACUCUCAUUCCGGAAAACGAAAAAAACGAAAUACCAAAGGAUAAAGUACUACAACCCUGA